AUGUCACUUGACAAAAACUUGCACACUGCCCAGCCUGAGGCGAAUAUGGAGUCCAGUAAUCGACCAACCAAAAGGCCUCGCCUACAAGGACCUGACGGCUUCCAGGUAACCAAGAAUAUCUCGAAACCCGCAUACAAACCUCCACCGCCUUUCGUGUCUUCUUUUGAUUCACCGAAGGCCGGGCCAUCAACAAAGGUUCCUGAUGACAAGCAAGAAAAGUCGAAGGAUUCCAGUCGUGUUCGAGAACGACCGCAAAACCGGUUUACUGCCGCACUUCCCGACUUUGGUGACAUUUCACUUGGACGCGAGGCUAACUUGAAGGGAAAGGAGAAGGAGACAUCGGUUCGCCCAGCUGGAAAUUUCAAGCGACCGAACCCAUUUAUCACUGCGAGCAAUGCAGGGGCAGAUCCGUCUCGCGUGCGCCUCACCAUGGCCCCUUCGGAAUCAGCAUCUGUGCAUCUUCCUCCUAUAUCCCGUCCAAAACCACAUUCCGCGCCUCUUAGACCUCUUCAACCUCUCAAGCUACCUUCGUUUGUAAUCAGCCCCCCAGAAAAUGCAUCGUCUUCCAAACCUUUAUCGAUUCUCAAGCCACCUCCGAGGCCUCAGCUGACUUCUAAAGCGAUCGUUCUGAAGCCUCUUGCUCCACCCAACUUUGCCCCGUUUGCCGAAAAGAAAUCAUUGACUAGCUUAAAGCCCAUCUCAUCUUUUGCGAUAAAUCCCACAAAGGACGGUGCAGGUGCUGAGCUGCUCUCGCUUUUUCUCCAACAGCACGGACACAACUUUGUCACUCCAUUCGAACGUGAGAUACAGCGCGGCAUUGGACUCAGCCCUCGUAAAAACAAGAGCGCUAAAGGGAAGUUUGUGCGGUACGUGCGCGUCUUGCGAGAUCAUUGGUCGAUUGGUAUUGAAACGCGAUGGUAUAACAGUGGUGGAAUGGCAGCGCGUGCGCAACACCUGAUCUCAGGCACAAAGACCGACUAUACCCUUUGGUGUCUACAGCUCAAACAAAAGCUCUCAUCCGCGCCACCCGCCGCACCGACGUUAUCGUGUGAUUUGCUCCUACGCAUUCUGCGAGUACUACCCCUUCCCACGAAGACCGCUACCCCCACCCGUGUGCACCUCGCCACAUGUCGCAUCUCAUCGCGCCACAGGUUCGCCAACAUAACAGAUUUGAGGGAUCAAUGUUAUGUCGUUCUUUUUCCACACGUUGUCGAGCCAAGUCGUAAUUUUGAAGAGGGCAGGGAUGUCUUGGCCUGGAUGCCGUGGUACAAGGUUAUGCUCUCCACUAUUGUGCCAAGGGAGAUACUGGGAAGUCUUUCGGUUGAACCAUUGAUGCCCCCAAGGAGUGUCAUCAUUGUACCACGAUGGCACAUUAUGCAGACUGAGUGA